GCGAUGAAAUUAUACGAUUCGAUGAUUGAAGGAAAAGAGCAUUCCGCAUCAUCAAAACGCACAAUUCAACAAACAAUCCAAGAGCAGGCGUUAAUAAAUUACCAGAUCGGGCUACACGACAAAUUACAAGUGCUCGUACGCGCGCAGCGAUAUACGACGCUCAAAGAAGCGAUAACGGGCGCGAGCGCCGAAGAAAAACUCAGACCGGGAACAGCGAGAACAAGUAGUUUUGUUAAUAAAAAUAAAACCGAAUCAAGUUACUCGCGAAAUAGUCGAAAUCCGACACCGCAAUGCUUUAAAUGCGGAAAAAACGGACAUUACGGACGCGAUUGUCGAAGUAGCCGAUAUGCGCUCCCGAAACCGGAAAAACCCUCGCGAAUAAACGCAAUAAGUAAAUACUGCUCGCAUUGCAAAAGAACAGGACACAGCCGCGACGAAUGCUGGAGCCUAAACGGAAAACCGAAACAUAGUACAGAUAAACAAAAAAUCGGAAAUCAGCAAAAAACGCGCGAAGAAAAUAUACGCGACCGAAAGAAAUCGCGACAACAGAAAAGGAACGCCGAUAGCGCAAGUAGCAGCAGCGAAGACGAGCAGGAUAAAGCGAGAAAGAAACAACCGCGACCUGCAUCUGAGUAUCGCGUUACACAUAUUAAAGAUAUGUCACGCGCACAGAAAAAAACGGAUUUAUUGCUAAUAACAUUACCAAUGCGACAAGCAAAAGACGGAAAAAUACAGAUGUUGUACGACUCAGGGUCGACCAUCUCAUUAAUAAAAUUGAAACAUUUAAAGGAUGACACACUAAUACAUGAAGGUAAAAUCGCGCUUACAGGCAUAACCGGGCAUAAAGUACACACCAUAGGAAAAAUGUACGCCACGAUCAAGAUAGAAAAUCACAAGGUAAAACAUGCAUUUUACGUUGUAAGAGACGACAUUCCAAUAGAAUAUGAAGGAAUAAUAGGAAUUGAUUUCCUUCAACAACAUUCGGUAUCCUGUGAUUAUAAUCAAAAUCAAUUAAAAAUAGGAGAAGCCGUGCUAAGAUUCCAUACGUUUAACAAAACAAUCCUAAAACCGCGCAGCGAAACCAUCGUAAAAGCGAUAACGAAGCAAAAUCGGAUAGGAAUAGUACGAGCAGAGGAAACAGCUCCAGGAAUCUACCUUGGAAACUGCUUAGUAGAACCGAAGGAUUACACGUGUCCCGUUAGUAUCAUAAAUACAACCGAUACGGAAGUCGAGAUACAGACGCCGAACGUCACACUCGAAGACAUAGAACGCGAAAUCGAAUCCAAAAUAUACACGAUACAAGCAAGAAAAAAUUUUAAGCCUACUAGCUCGAGACAAAUCUGACAACUACUACGCACGCAACAUUUAAAUACGGAAGAAAAACAGGCACUCCUACGGAUAUGCGAAGAAUAUUGCGAUACAUUUCAGUUGGACGGAGAACCACUGACGUGCACCGCGACGGUAGAGCACGAGAUAAACACGCGCGCUGAUACCUCGCCGGUGAACACGAGACCGUAUCGU